CCUCCUCCUCCUGUGGAGAGCGAGGGAGGCCUAAUCAUCGAGGUCACGUUGUUGCCCACUUGAACUCCGCCAAUCACACAUGAUUUUUCCUCGCGGGGCGUGACCGUUCUCGGCUCAGAUCCGCGUUGCGCUCGUGCGUCGUGAAGGAGCUUUGUCUGACGCGUUUUGGUGCAAUUUCGAGGGCGAUCUGGGUUUGAGGAUUUGGAGCGGACAUGGCCCCUGCGAGCCAGCCUCCCGUUAUACCUGUUAGUCAGCAAGGAGGAGCAACUGUGGGUGUGACGCCGUCCCAGGCGACGUUUUGGGCGUUUGCAGGGAGAGCGCAGGAUGCGGUUAACCUCGCCCUAGCCCAGAAGCGGCCUUGGGCGGAGGUGGCCGACCGUUCGCAGCUGGCGAAGCCGGAGUCGUUCAGCGAGGCGAUCACGAGGGCGAGGAAGAAUUGGUUCUACUUCCGCAUUAACUACUCGAUUAUUCUGACCGGAGUCGUUGCGCUGAGCUUGAUCUUCAACCCUGGAGCUUUGUUCUUCCUUUUAGCUCUCUUGGCUGGAUGGGUCUAUCUCUACCUCAUUCGCUCAGAGCCUCUUGUCAUCAACGGCCGGACGUUCAGUGAAAGGGAGGUUCUGCUCGGCAUGAGCGUCUUCACCAUUAUCAUGAUCUUCAUGACGAGUGUCGGAUCUAUUUUGAUCUCUGCGCUUCUAAUUGGAGGGGCCAUCUGUUUUGCUCACGGUGCUUACCGCGUUCCUGACGACCUUUUCCUCGACGAGCAAGAGUCGGCUGGUGGCUUUUUGUCGUUUCUCUCAUCUGGAACUGGAGUGCCGCAAAUGAUGUCCCAUGUGUAGAUCCCUAACAUUCCUUGAUUCAAUGUAUCGAUAAUCCUUCUAAUGAUCCUAAAUAUUGUCCUUCCAUUUUGUCCUCGUAUUCGUUCGACACAUUCGGACGGUCUGAUUCUUUGAAGGCUACUUCCGUAUACUGCAUACACUUUUUCAAACCCGAUUUAAUUGGACGUUAGGGCAGAUCAACUGUGAUCUUUUCACAGUUAUUGUAGUUCAUCCUGCCAUUUUGGGCAUGACUUAUCUUGCUAAGGUCAUGAUAGGUAUAGUCAUCGGCUCGCUGCAGCGCAUUGCAUUGUUUAUUUGAGAGAGGAGAGAGGCGGUCAGAUGUGUUCAUUCAGAUCUAGUGCGUAUAUUUUAUGGUAUGCUUCGCGGGAAAGUAUCUUUUUUUGAUACUUUGAAACCUUCGUGGAGGUGUGUCUAUUUGAUUCAAAAUGGACAUCCGUUGCGUUAAAUCAUUGCUUGUUCAUGGAAACAGGGCAGCACUUGUCUUCUCA